CAUCUGUCACGUGACCUAUGUGUCCUUGGUUUGGGUACCUUUGACAUGUGAUUAGCAAAAACAUGUCUUUCCCUAAAAAGCCUGGCGGUAAAGCAUUAGAUAUUUUGCAGAGCUUACCGCGGAUAAGUUUAGCGAACUUGCGGCCUGAACCAGGAUCAAAAAAAGCGGGCAAACGACGGGGCAGAGGGCAGCAUGGUGGCAACAGAAGCGGCCGAGGACACAAAGGAGAGCGACAGAGAGGCAACCGGCCUCGCCUGGGGUUUGAGGGGGGUCAGACCCCGUUUUAUCUGGCUAUUCCAAAAUAUGGCUUCAAUGAAGGGCACAGUUGCCGUCCCCAGUACCAGCCUCUGUCUUUGAAACGACUGCAGUACCUGAUCGAUUUGGGACGAGUCGACACAACCCAGCCCAUAGACCUGACCCAGCUGGUCAAUGCCAGAGGAGUGACGAUCCAGCCUCUGAAGAGGGACUGUGGAGUCCAGCUUGUUGAUGAGGGUGCCGAUAUUUUUGCUGCAAAAAUCAACAUUGAGGUUCAGAGAGCUUCUGAAGGAGCCAUAGCUGCUAUUGAGAGGAACGGAGGUGUCAUCACAACCAGUUUCUAUGAUCCUAUAAGUCUCGGGAUUCUCAUCAAACCGGUCCCAUUUUUCUUACGUGGGCAACCUAUUCCAAAGCGAAUGUUACCAGGCCAGGAUAUGGUCCCGUACUACGCAGAUGCUGAAAACCGUGGUUACUUGGCAGACCCAGAGAAAAUCCAGCAGGCCCGGCUAGCCUUGGCACAGAAGUAUGGCUAUAUUUUGCCAGACAUUUCAAAGGAUGAACUGUAUCACAUGCUCUCCAUGAGGAAGGAUGUUCGACAGAUCUUCUUUGGCCUUGCUCCAGGCUGGGUCGUUAACAUGCCGGAGAAGAAGAUACUGAAACCCACUGAUGAGAAGCUGCUUAAAUAUUACAGCUCAUAGAUGUGAAGAGUAACAAUAAAUGUUAUGUACAUUAUCUCAUGGCAAAAAUCAGGAAAGUACUGAGUUUUGCAUGUUGAAAACAUGUAAAAAAAAGUGUGGGACAUGUUUCCAUUUUAUAGAGAAAAAAUUGUGGAAAAACAGCUUUCUGUGUUUGAGAACGAAGCAUUGUCAUUAAACCUAAUCUUGAAAACUACAUUUCCCAAUAUAUUGUUUUUUAAAUGGA